AUGAACCAUCAAGGCUUUAAGAGUUAAACUCCUCAAUUUAGGAACAUUAAGGUUAUGCAGCCUGUAGUAGUAAAUGUUAAAGAGAGAAAGUUAAUGCUAUAAGACACCAAAGCAGUAGUUAUUGACUUAGAUGCUGUCGCAAUAAUAGAUGAAGAAGAUGAGCAAUAGAAUAAGAUCAGAUAAGAGAUACUCUCAUAAUAAAAAGAAGAAUUACAAUGGAAUAUAAUGGAUGCAAUGUUGAAAUCUGGUAAUAAAUAUGACAUCAUAAUAAAUCCUCCUGAAUUUCAUUUAAGUCAAGAUCUGACUGAAUAGUAAAAAGAAGAGAACAAAUAAAAAAUGGUCAAAUUUCUUUAGACUGCUAUUAAGAUUGGGAAUCAGUAAAAGUAUGAGUCAAUAUCAAUUCCAGCCUGCUUGAAAUCAAUGAAAAAUCUCAAACCUAAAACUGAAAUAUUCCAAGCAAUAUUUGAUGCUAUUGAUUAAUAUGAUUUAAGCAAACAAUCUUCAUCAGGAUCAUUAAAAGUUAUCAAGAUUAUUUUAGAAGACGAAUAAGAAAGUGAGUUAUUCAAUGCUAUUUCUUAGAAAAUGUAUAUUCAAAGAUAGCCUUAUAGCUUACUUAUAGAGGAUCACAUGAAAAAAGAGUAGGAGAAGUAAAAUAAUGAGAUUUCUGAGUUAAAAAAGAACCUCUAACUUAUAGUCUAAUUUUUGUCCCCUAAAAUGAAUACUUAAAAUGAAAACCUAAACUGA